GGGGAGGCGGCUUCUUCCAUCUGGGCCGAGGAGCAGCUUCGUCAGUUGAAGGACACCUGCAGCGAGGUCUGUGCGUUUUGGAAGAUUGAAAUCAUGGCAGGUCCAGAAACUGAUGCCCAGUACCAAUUCACUGGUAUCAAAAAAUAUUUCAACUCUUACACUCUCACAGGGAGAAUGAAUUGUGUACUGGCCACAUACGGAGGUAUUGCUUUGAUAGUUAUAUACUUUAAGUUAAGGUCUAAAAAAACUCCAGCUGUGAAAGCAACAUAAAUGGAUUCUCAACUG